AUGCUUUUAACGCGCCUUCUGGCCGCUUCGGCGGCCCUCUCGUCGCUCGUCAAGGCGCAGACCAAGUCCGAUGUCGACCUCAUCCUCGAGCGCCGCCGUAUUGACAUGGCCAGCUUCACUACCCCAGCCGUUAUGGCCAACGUCUCAAUGUGGCUCGAGAGUCAAAGUGACGAGGGUAUCUGGGCAGACGUCGACUACAGUCUUGGCUGCGCCGCUCGGCGCGCGAAUUGGCCGAUUCAGUUGCACUGGAUUCGUGUCAUUGCUUUAGCUUCGGCGUGGUCGGGCCUCAACCCCUCCGCACCGGUUGAGUAUCACGGCAAUGAGGCGUUCCUUGCUGGUGCCCUCAAGGGCAUGGACUGGUGGUUUGCGCGUGACUACACCAAUCCCGGUUGUACCGCGGAAGGCGGCAAGCCCAGGCCUUGCCCUUGCGGAACGCCUGGCACCUGGAAUCAGAACUGGUUCGGGAACGUGAUUCUGAUUCCUCAGCUCCUAUCAACCGGAUGUCUACUUGUGAUGCCGGCCACACUCACGGACUUGCAGAGGGAGAAGUGCUUCAGCAUCCCAAACCGCGCAUGGGAGCUCCGCGAUCUCAAUAAUCCGACUUUCGGGGUACUGACCGGUGCCAACAUGGUCAACGUUAUGCAAAACUCGAUCUCGAUGGCACUGUUUGCCAACAACGUGACGAUUGUCGAGGAAGCAUUCUCCCGGGCGAUGGGGUCUUAUUUGUUCGCCGACGCACCAGCACAAGACGGCACACACCGAGACGGCUCGUUCCUUCAGCACGAUGGGAUCCUUUACAAUGGAAAUUAUGGGAAAGACGCCCUCAACGCGUUCAUCCAGCUGGAGGGCGAGGCGAUUGGCACCGCCUUUGCCGCCAACGACACUGUGCGCGAGGCCGUCGCGACCUUUAUCCGCGGAAGCGAGUGGAUGAUUUACGCCGACCAGAGCACCAGGCGGCUGCACUGGGACUUCAAUACGAUCGGGCGCUUCCUCGCGUUCCACACGAGUGACCUUCAGGCGUCUGCCGACAUCAAUUUUAACACAAGCAGGCUCGCAACUGCCGUCGCCGACUUUACUGGCGCCAAUGACUUGUCGAGUACCGUCAGGCGUCUUCAGAGCAACGGUUCAAAGCCGCUUACGGGCAAUCACGCCUUCUAUGCUGCUGAUUACAUGGUUCAUCGUCGUAACAACUACGUGCUGGCCAACAAGAUGAUCUCCUCUCGCUCGAUUAACACUGAGUACGUGAACUCGGCGAAUCCUUACGGCUUCCUCCUCGGCCAAGGCACCUUGUUCUCGUACGUGACUGGCAACGAGUACAAGGACAUUCAGGCAGGCUGGGAUUGGCACCUGAUCCCCGGCACAACGUCAAUUCUGCGUGCCGCUCCGCUGCGUUCCGACCGGGUGGAGUUCAUGGGGAAGCUCAGCUACGUCGGAGUCGUGAGCAAUGGCGAGUUCGGCGCCGGCGCCAUGGACUACCUCGACCCUGCAGACGGCUCGUUAGCAUUCCGCAAGGCCUGGUUCUUCUUUGAGGACAGCGUGCUCGUGACCACUACGAGCGUCGUCGUGAAUAGGACCGCUGCAGCCAGCGAUGCUCCGGUUAUCACCACACUCGAUCAGCGCACUGCCGCCGAUGGCACACAUGUAGCUGUCGAUGGCAAUGCUGUCGACAUCCAGGACCAGCGUAACAUCACAGGCUCGACGCUCCUGUACGCAGGCAACGGCUACCUUUCUCAUGGGACGCCGUUUAACCUGACCCUUUCAGCCGGUGCGCGCACCGGCAACUGGUCGGCCAUCUCGACGUCGGCGGCCGGCGUAAAGACUGUCGACAUCUUCUCUGCGUACACGACUGUCCCCUCCACCGCGUACUCUUACGAGUUUUUCCCUGACACCAACGCCCACCGGCUGCGCCGCGAACGCCGACGCCCUACCACCACGCCCCUGGACCUCGGCGGCGUCAUCGGCGCAGCCUCGGGGCGAAAUCAUCUCGCCCUAAUUUUCUGGCCCGGAGCGCCGCUGACGGCGACCGUCCCCCACCGUCGUUGGGAUCUGGAGGUCACGGUCGACACGCCUGUUGCAGUGUUGUUCACGACGGGCCGACGCCGCAGGAUCGGGCGUGUCCUCAUGGUCACUGUCUCCGACCCAAGUCAGGCGCACACAGGAGUGAGGAUCACGGUCAGGAGUGCAGCCAGGCGCCUCCGCUGCGGUGAAGGGACUUGCACGGAAACGGACCGCGGCGUGGUUCUCGACCUUGUCCUGCCCACUGGGGGUUUAGGCGGCAGCAGCGUGAGCGUGGACAUUCCGUACCGUUAA